AUGACCAAAGACAACAACCUAUUAGGAACGAUCGACCUAACCGGAAUACCUCCGGUGCCUAGAGGGGUGCUAAAAAUCGAUGUGACUUUCGAUUUGGACGCUCAUGGUAUUCAGAACGUUUCGGCCAAAGACAACCGCUCCGGACGUUCGAACAACAUCGUCAUCAAGAACGACAAGGACCGGUUGUCUCAAGCGGAAACCGAUCGUAUGCUCAAUGAGGCCGAGCAGUACAAAAAAGACGACGAAAGACAAAGUGGGAAGAUCGCCGUUAAGAACCAAUUGGAAAGCUACGUUUUUGGCGUUAAACAAGCUUUAGUAUCAAGUUUAUUUGAAUACCAACACAAUAAUAUUAAAAUUAUUGCUGAUAUAAUUUAA